CACUGCAUUGCAUUGCAUUGAGAAACUACUUUGAACAUAGGGUUUUAUCCCAUUCAUUUCAUAAUGGCCACCUUCUUAUGCCCCUUGCAAUAGUAAAUGCUGUAAAAUACGCCAUAUUUUACACCAUUUACUUCCAAAAUCAGUAGAGUUUUGGUUUCUUAAACAAAUCAGUUUCAAACUUACAGAGCACACAGUUUAUAAGAAGUAGUAAAGAGCGUCAAAUCGGAAAUAUAUAAGAAAAGUGGAAUAACAAAUAAGAAGCCCUUUUUGGAGGAGCGUCGUCUUCGUCAUCUCGUCAAUGUUAUAGAAGCAGGAAUUUAGAUUAACUUUCAAAUUUUAAAUGACAACAAUGGAUUCAUCACUAGUUUUUGAAAACGUGAGCAGGCUGGGCGAUCUCACAAUUUCUCAAAAAAUCCAACUUGUUCUAGUUCUUGAGGCAGGACCAGCACUGGAAUUAGUAAUUGGGAGUGAUCAACCUUUACUGUAGAUAUUUUCCCAUUUCGUAUCUCAAUGGCACUGGACUGUUAAAAAGGAACCGGAUAGAUAACAUUUUUUAAAAGUUUAUUUUUUUUGUAAUCAAUUAAAAAAAACCAAGAUGGUAGCAGUUGACAAAAUUAUCUAAUUGUGUUCAUACAGUUAGGUAAUUGUCAACUUGAUAAAUAUUUUCCCAACUGUGUUUAUGAAGUUGACGAUUAGUUAGCGAAAAGGGAGAGAGAUUAGACUGGAAGUAGUCGAGUUUUUUAUUGGAAUUAGGGAACGAGAGUUUUUUUCGAUAGGUAUAUAGGUUAAGAAAUAUUUAGAAAAUGUCCCUUGUGGAGGAGUUUACAGAGGGAUCCGAAGACAAGCAAAAGUACAAUGUUAAUUCCUACGUGAAGCGAGCUGGACCCCUCCUCCUCGGACCCCAAUUGUGUAACUCUCCCGUCAAAUGUGUGACCCACUGUCUGGCCAGGAAAGAUGGCACGGACCAGUUUUACACGGUCAAGAUUUUGACCCUCCCCGACCCAGCUGUUGGUGAAUCCACUGACGACAUCCAAGGCAAGAUCCUUCUGCAUACGGAGUGCAGUUUAUUAAAACGGCUCAACGGUCAGAAAGGCGUUGUUCAGCAUUAUGGAAUGUAUAAGGACCUUGCAGAGGAAGAGGUCGAUGUGGGUGGAAAAGGGUACAGCACGGGGCGUAUGCAGGAAAGAAUAUGCCUCGUUUUAGGAUGUUACAUGCCCCAUGAUUUUUCUCCCGAGUAUACCUCCUUGGUAAAUCUGCAGCAGUUUGUGAUCAAGGAGAAGAAACUGUCAGAAUCAUUGGCCAUCAAGAUAUUUUAUAAUGUUGUCAAAGUUGUGAACAAUCUACAUAAACAAAACGUUGUUCACCGUGACCUCAAGUUGGGAAAUAUCGUUUUGGACAAGGAUACCAAGGAGGUCACCCUGACCAAUUUUGGUUUGGGUAAGCAUCUUAGCACAGAAGAUGAACAACUUAGAGACCAGCGAGGCUCUCCAGCGUAUAUUUCUCCAGAUGUUAUCAGUGGAAAACCGUAUGUUGGCAAGCCAUCAGAUAUGUGGGCCUUGGGCGUGGUGCUUUACACAAUGCUGUAUGGGCAAUUCCCAUUCUACGAUUCUAGCCCAACUGAACUAUUCCGCAAAAUUAAGCUCGCCGAUUACACGAUUCCAUCGGAACACACAGUGUCGCAGCCGACAGUGAAGUUGAUCCAGUCCCUCUUGGUUUUGGACCCACAUGCGAGGUUAACUGCAUCAAAAACACUGGCAAGGCUGGACGAAAUAAUUCGUGCGGGGGAAGCGUUUUUGGUUGAUUCUAAUUUGCAGGUCGUCCCGGACUUUAAUCUGGGCCAGGACUAUGACGAUGACUAUCAACGCGGCAGGCAAUUUCGGCGACAAAUGACGUUUCCGGAAAUGAGUGGAGCAGAUAUCGAAAUGAUGUUAUCUGUCCUAUCAAAUCCCACGUCCAACAAGGCCAGCGUCAAAGACGAGGAAUCUGUUCAUGAGCCUCCAACUAAAGUUUCUAGAUAUCCAUCCCUUGGAGGACUCGCCAAUUUGAAAGUGAUUUGUGCCGAUGAGCCCACCAGAAUCGUACCAUCCGUGGAUAUGGCGACAAUUCGAGAAAGAGUUAACGCCAUUAGCACGCCGUCAUCAGACGCCGCCGUGAUCACUAAUGCAACAAGGAAUGCAGUUAUUACUACUACUACUCAGGCACCACCAGUCCUAACGACACCAUCAUCAUAUAGACCGACAAGUAAUACUUCUUACCUUGUUCGCAGCAAUAACACGACUUUUCCGCAAAUCGGUGCCGCUGCGCGCGCUAUUGUUGUCGCAAGACGAAGACGUAAUCAGAAUUUAAACUUGGCUCUAUCACUAUCAUCGUAUGCGAAAAAGCCCACCACCGCGUCAUUUCCUUCAGCCAUUAACAUGUCAAGCCGGAAGCGAUCGCAUCGCAUCGGGGUUGCAUCACGGUAAAAGAUUCGCCCAUACACAAAAUUGGUCAAGUCAUGUUGAAGGUUUUACGUAUACAUACACUGGCUCUUUUUCUGGUUUCAUGAAAAUUUUAUAGUUAGGAAAACUUACUAUAAUAGAAAUAAUACAUAGCUACAGGUACAACGUGCAGUCGGGAAAUUAAGUUUAGUAGGUAUAUUUAAAUAUUAGAUUCCAGGUACUACCUAAAAUGCGGGAAAUUAGUUUUAAAAGUUGUAUUUAUAGUUAUGAAUAAUUCUGUAUUCAAUUCCUCCAAGUAAUUAAUUUUAUUGGUAACAUUUCUGGUCAAGAAAGGCAAACAAACUCAUAUACAUAGAGUUCCAUAAGCAAAGAUUUCGAAGCAUCACAUACCAAGAAUUAGCCAACUUUUUAUUUAAUUAAGUAUAUUUAAGGCGUUUUAACAAAUGGUGGAAUUUCUCCUUCCCUACUUUGCACAGCAAUGUGAAUUGUAGGAAAAGAAUCUCCAAUUAUUAUGAUACAAAUCAGCAACCAAGCGAUGAAAAUAAGGCCGAAUUUAAUAUUAAAUCGGUUGUGAUAUGUAAGGGAAAAAACUAGGCUAGAAAAUCUAGGUACUACUGGUACUAGUAGGUACACAAUAGAUAUGCAUUAAAGUGACGACACGAGUCAACUGCCACAUGUUAACUCCUGACCUGUGACCCAUCUCAUACCUGAAGUCUAAGUCUUGAGUAAUACAUAUGUGCCAGUUGACUCAUGUCGUCGUCACACUUUAAUCAUACAUACAUAGUUCGGACAUCUUGGACUACCUGUCCACCAACAGAAACAAGUAACACAAGCGAGCACUCACUCUGCUUAAUAUAAAAGGAUAUAAUUUGACAAUUAUAAAAGGACAAGUUUGAUCUUUCAUCUUCAUAAAGGGUGAAAGAAUUAACUUCCCAAUAGCAAUGAGAAGAAAGGCAUACAUAGGUUUGUACCCUUUGUACUGAAUGCGUGUAAUCCAUCCAGAAACGAAAUGAUUCUCCAAACACACAUGACGCUCAUUAUAAUAAUCCAUAAGUUUUAAUUAUCAUUUACUAGAUAAGUUUUCAUUCAUUAUCUAUGAUACACUUUUUGAAAAGAAUUUUAAGAAAUGUUGCUUUGUGGUUUUAUAUUUUGGUUAAGUAUUUCAGAAAUCAAAGUCAUGCUUCAUCAUCAAUCAUCCUCGUCAGGCAUCCAUUUUAUAUUAGGGAUGCAUGGAAGGGAAAAACCAGGCAACUUACAAAAAAAACUAUUCUAACUUUUGAGAGAACAGGAAAAAAGUGCAAACCUGCAAACAGUUUAUACAAGUCAUGUUAUUUGCAUGCAUGUAAAACAACAUGUGACAGUUAAAAACUGCAGAACAGAACAUAGGCCAAAUUGGUAGUGACACAAUUGUGACAAUGACAAUGAGAGAAAGACAUAUAUUUUAAAGUUGAGAGCAUGAGGCAUAUAAAAAAAAUGGGCUUCACAGCAUCAGCAUUCGUCUUUCAAGAUUUCGUCAACGCGUCAAAUUCGGAAGUCAUCUACAGUAUCACGACAUAUUGCGCCGCCCGCGCUGCUGCGUUACGAAAAGUAUUGUGCGUGCUUAUAUCUCGCGCCGCGUCGCGUGCGUUCCUGCGUUUUACUCCAAUGAAAUAUGUGCGUUUUAAAAUAAAUUCCCUCCCCCCCAUUCCCGUUAAAAAUCCCAGCAAGUGAUUAGUGCUAUAAUCAUGAGCAGUGAACUUGAACAAUGUUUCAGUGAGUGAUAUAGCAUUAUUUUAACCAUCACUUUUACUACGUCAAUUUUACAGUUGGCUUUUGAGUUAGUAAUUUCCACAAGGUUUUUAUUCAAUGUGGCUGCAGUCCACGGUUUAAUUUACCAAAAUGCGAGUUUUACUAUUAUGUAAAAACAGUAACGUAAUAUUAACUUUUAAGUGAUAGGUACUUUUACUAAAUACAAUUUUAGAUGAUGAAAAACCUUGAUUUUCAAUAAUGUGCUCUUCAACAAUGGAUUGCAUUAUUGCUACAGCCGAGCAAGUCAAUAAUGAGUGUAAAAAAACAUUGUAAUCAAAAUCCACAAUUUUUAAAAUUUUGAAUUCAUUCAGUAAAUUGUGAUAGUGCGUUUUAUAAUUAUAUAAUUGCACGGGUAUUCAUCGCGGAUACCGUUUUGAUUUUAAUUUCUUCCUCCUCUUGAGAACCAAAAUUAUUUAAUCAAUCCAGAAUUGGAAAAUCCUGCACUAUAAUGUUGUUCGCUAUAUAAUUAUUAAAUAUUUAAUUAUCUAUUUAUUUUUAUGUUAGUGUUAAAUCUUUGUUAACAAAUUAGAGAGAGAUCAAGUCAGGAUUGAGAGUAUAGCGUUCGGAUGACUUUGCAGUCAUCCUAUUAUUACAAAGCGUUAUGAUGAAAAAGUCCAAGUUGGUUCGUGCUGAAUCCUCCAUUCACAGCUUUCAUGAAUACCUGAAUACCGAGGUGACUCAAUGAUAGCUGACGAUAGUUAAAGGUUUAAAUGAUAAAUUGUUCUUGACCAUGGUUGGCUAUCAUUUUGUUUUUGACCUUUUUUUCUCUGGAGAUUCAGCCAGCCCAGCUCGGACAAAUUUCUUAAUUCCGCAUUGUUCCACACGGUCGCUAACCUUGCCCUGGCGCUAUUUUUCCGCAGAAAAAUAAAUAAACAAAAUAAUAUAUUGUGCGUUAUUUCUUA